CUUUUUGUUAGCCAUAUGUUUCCAUUUUCUCAAAAUAUCUUCAAUGAGAGCAAAGGGGAACUAUCGUCAAAUUCCUUGUUUGCAUGGACAAACUUGCCAAAUAAAGCUGACUCUGAUUCUCCACCUUAUCUCCAUUUUAUUUUGCAGGAUGGCCAGUCCAGAACAGUAAGGCAGUUCCAGUUUACUGAUUGGCCAGAACAAGGUGUACCCAAAUCCGGAGAGGGAUUCAUCGAUUUUAUUGGCCAGGUUCAUAAAACCAAGGAGCAGUUUGGACAGGAUGGGCCCAUCUCUGUACAUUGCAGUGCUGGAGUGGGAAGAACUGGAGUCUUCAUAACCCUCAGCAUCGUCCUGGAGAGAAUGCGUUACGAGGGAGUGGUAGACAUCUUCCAAACAGUGAAGAUGCUCCGGACGCAGAGGCCAGCUAUGGUCCAGACUGAGGACGAAUACCAAUUUUGCUAUCACGCAGCUCUGGAGUACUUAGGAAGCUUUGAUCACUAUGCAACGUAAAAAGCCAUCUCCUCCCCUCAGAAWCCUGUUGCCCCCUCCUCUCCCAACUCAACGGUUUCCUGAGCCAUAGAAACGUUUCAAAUUUGAAAUGACAGCAGUUGAUCAUUUUACCACUGCUCGUUCAGAAACACCAAACAGGAUCCUGUAAAUCUUUAGAAAAUAACACCCGAUACGACCAGACAAAGAGAAAUUCCAAUUCAGACUCRAGGCGGAGAGGAAAAUUGCCCAUGAUUUCAACUGAAGACAAUUCUCAGCAACAAGCAACCAGAGGCUGUGGCUCACGCUGUGGGGUGGGUGUCAAUCAAAGUGUCGGACUGCUUACCUUACCUCAAGUGUUUCAGUGGAGGAAGUUGUAAACAUUCGUGGACAUUUCUCUUCUAAAAAAAUAUCUUUAUGAUACAGCGGCAACAAACAACCGCAAUUGAAGGAAAAAUGGAACGAAAAUCAAAGAGAAGCAGAUGGAUGUAGCCAAGACUGGGACACGUGCCUGUUUUGGAUGUAAAAAAAAAAGGGGGUUAAGUGUUUCUAUUGACUGUUUUUGAGUUUUAUCCUGAGAAAUGGCCAAACCGCGGCGACUCCUAGGUUUUCCCAAACUUUGGUCAUUUGGUCAUCAAGUGAAACGGAACAAGAAAACCGGCCAUCAAAAGGAAACCUUGAGUUUCUACACAAUUCUACAUACAAUUACAUUAUGAAUAGUUGUGCAGAAAACAUCCUCUACAAUUUAAGAAAAUGUCACCAAACUGCCUGUAAGCACAAAGAGCUUUAAGAAAGCACACUCCCAGUGGUUGUCAAAAAGAAAGCAGCAGCACAUAUCGUAAAAUUUGUUCCAUUGUAUUAAUGUGUAAAGCCUGCUUCCUAAGCCAGGUGACCCUAGUAGAGUUAAAAUCUCCACAGUAUAUUUCCAGKAAGAACGUCCUCCAGAAAAAAUUGCAAAGAUUAAGGGAAAACCAUKUCAGUUGUGAGAAUCUUUGGCUUUGCCUCUCAUGUGGAUGAUGCRAACAGUAACCUUGUCCCAUGUUUUUUAACAAUCUCGUCUCUUGAACCAUGGCGCCAAGGGGCUGAGGGAGAAAACGUCCACCCUCAGUCCAGUGAGGAGRAAAGGCUUUUGGAACAACCAAACAAAGAAACGCUGCCAAAUUUGGGCCUUUCUUUGUGUACAGUGACCAACAGUCAUCAUCAUCGUUUGGAACUUUUUUGUCUUUUGAGGACAAAAAUCUAUUUUUCUUUUCUCUCUUUAAGUUCUCUCUUCUGUUAAAAACCAAACAUGCUGCUUAUCUUGUGUAUGCUGAGCGUGUGACUCUUUGGAUAAAGAGAAAACUGAUGAACAAAAAAAAAAAAAGCCAGCUCUGCAAACUCCUUGCGCCCAGGUGGGCAUGACAGAAACGCAUCCACACGACGUCAUUGUCCACCGCUGCUUUUUUAUCGUUUUCUUUAUUUUUUUUUUCCCCAGCCUCCUCUAUAUUCACCUCUAUCAUUGUACAAGAAACUCAAGAGCGGCRAAGACCGCUUGCAAUUGCAAAGUUGUACAUUAACGUUGUUGACAAAUUGGCCCCGAGUUUCACUGUAUGUGUGGUUGGUAACUGGUCGACAAACAAAACAAGACGCUUCGGUGUUUCCCCCCUCUAUUUUAUAGACGAUGACCCAGUGGGUGACACAGCCAGAGCAAGUAGCCACGUCGGAUCCCGAUGCAAAAUUUCUCUGUUACUUGCACAUCCCCAGGGCAAAACAGAGGAAAAAGCUUGAAACAAACACCCCAAUUCAACUGCAAAAAAAGAGAAAAUAAAAGCUAAAAAUCACCAAGUUUUUUUCAUGUCAAAGACGGCGCUUUGGUACACAUGAGCAAAWGGAUUCUGUGAGGGCUUUCUGGCGGAUGUGCACAAAAAAACAARAACACGAAGCUAUGGACAGAACUGUGUGUGAUCUUUUCUGAUUUCCAAAAAAGCCUUAUUGUUAUUGUAACACUAUGAAAACAUUAAUGUUGUAUUAUGAUGACUUAUUUUACAUGACAUAGUUAGUUUUUAUUUUCUGUUUCUGGUUUAGUUUUUUUCUAACAGAGAUGUGUUUGUCACAUUUUUUUUAAUUAGCAGAAAAAAAGAGAAAUGCUUAUAUGUUCAUAUUAUGUUAAAAGACAUUCUAUUUUUUCACCGUAGAAAUCCUAAGUAUAACAUGACAGUGUAGGGGUACACGUAUUUCUAUAUAUAGAUAUAAGGCUAUAUCUAUAUAGAGAGAUUAAUAAAUGCCUACUUACGCAUGCAUAUAUAUUUAAAUGCAGAAUCAGAAGAUAUAUCCAAACAAUUAGUGUGAAAUGACAUUUUCUUUUCAUCCAAUUUGUUUUAUACCUGUUAUUUUUAGUCUUUGAAAAAUAUGUUUGUUUGUUUUUGUUUUUUAUUGUUCUUCUUCUUAUUAUUAUUAUUGUGUAAUUCUGGAGACCCUGAAUGUCUCUUCAAGAAACCUGAGGGGAUGCCAUCUUUGUGUCUGAUCUUGUUUUUUGCUUUUAUCCAUUGGAAUUAACUUGUACCCAUAGGGACACUAUUUUGAAACAUUGUCCUUCAUCAUCAGUACGCUGUUAUGUUUGGUUGAUUUUUGUAAUCUGUUCUACAACUGUCGGGGUUUCAUCGCUCAGCAUUUUUAAUGUCUAUAUCAGGCCAAUGAUGUACUGUACCUUGUAUGAUUCUGUACAGACCGUAACCCUCACAAUCUGAAGAAAAAUCCUCCUAAAGUUCUCUUUUUUUACUUAUAUUUUCAGACAUGACGUUGCCAUUGAUUUUAUUAGACAUCCACUAUGAUCUAGAGUAUAUGUGUAAAUAAACAAAUAUAUAUAGAAUAUAUGUAUCAUUUGACCCUAAAGAUCUCAUACUUUUAGUGGGGAACACUAAUGCACAGAUCAAAGUUCUGCUGAUUUCCAGCUUCUUGGUGUUUGUGGAACCUGUUUUCUCAAACCUUCUUUCUCCAGCUCUGCUCCCUGGUCUUUAAUUACCUCUCUUUUUUUCUGCCUUUAAUUUCCCCUGCURGUAGUCAAACUGGGAAACGUGCCAGCCUAUGUUCCCACACCCGUUGCCUGAAUGAGGGGAACACAAAUCCGGAUCAGUGAUCCGCGAGUUGGAUUAAACCAAUAUGUUGGUUCACUCUCUACCAACUAACCACAAGAAUCAUUAAUCAUUCUCAGCAUAGACAAAAUUUACUAAAGGAGCCUCAUAAGAAUAAAUUACAAGGGCAUAGAAGUACUACUUUUCUCAGAGGUGUUUCACAGAUCUCUGCAGGAAUGCCAAAUGUCUAACUACCUGCAAUCACAAGGUGUUAAUCCAUCAUGUAUGAUUAGGAGAAAAAAAAGGUCAUACAUGCUUCAGUUGCAACAUUUAAACUUAUUUUUCUCCCUGUUGCCUUGUAUAAAAUCAUAUUGUUAUUUUUUGWUGUUUUUUUUUUGUUUAACCAUGUUUCAUGACGGGAAUGCAGAAA